AUGGGCCUGCUUUGGGUGUGUUUUGAUGAAGCUGAAGUUGCCAGAAUGAUGGGGGUACGAGUUCCAAAUGCAAUAUGGAUCCAUUGGUUGGUCUGUGGGUGCAACUCUUGGUUAUGCACAGGCUGCACAGAUGUGAUUGCUUGCAUUGGUGAUGCUUCCAGGUAUGUGACUGCUCAAGAUGUUUCAACAAUGCUACGAUGUGGACAGAGGACCAUUAUCUUCCUGAUAAACAAUGGUCCGUUGGAAGAGGAGCUCAUUGAAGCAAUUAAGACAGCAACUAAUGCCAAGAAAGAUUGCUUGUGCUUCAUCGAAGUGUUUGCUCAUAAGGAUGAUACAAGCAAAGCGUUGCUUGAAUGGGGCUCUAGGGUCUCUGCUGCUAAUAGCCGUCCACCAAACCCCCAGUAA